AAACGAAGAAGACAGUUGUCACGUGACGUCACUUUUACUUGCAACGUUUCCUGAGCUGGAAAGUGACUUUAAAAGUAGGACGAAGCGCCGAUGACUUUAACCCAAGCUUCUGUUUCUGAUGUGGGGGAGACUAUUCCGACCUCUUGUGAUCGGUAGGACGCCUUUAUUGUGGAAGAGCCUCGUUACAAUGCAGCUGAAGACAAGCGAGUUCCAGGUGUUGUUCAACGAUGGACUGAACGAACUCGCAGAAUUAUUUAGGAAGCACCAGUAUGAGCUCCGAAUAGCUGGAGGUGCUGUCCGUGACCUGUUGUCCGGGAAACGGCCUGAUGAUGUGGAUUUUGCCACCACCGCCACCCCGGAGGAGAUGAAGCAAAUGUUCCAAGCUGCUGGGAUAAGGAUGAUCAACAACAAAGGAGAGAAGCAUGGAACUAUUACAGCUCGACUUCACAACGAAAACUUUGAAGUGACUACAUUGCGUGUGGACGUUCAAACAGAUGGUCGUCAUGCUGAAGUGGAGUUUACCACCGACUGGCAGAAAGAUUCUGAGAGAAGAGACCUCACUAUCAACUCAAUGUUUUUAGGUCUUGAUGGCACCUUAUAUGACUAUUUCAAAGGAUAUGAUGACCUACAGAAACGAAAAGUUCGCUUUGUUGGCAGUGCAGAACAAAGGAUCCAAGAGGAUUAUUUAAGAAUACUGCGUUACUUUAGGUUCUAUGGAAAAAUGGCAUUGAAACCUGACGAGCAUGAGCCUGAGACACUGGAGGCCAUUCGAGCAAACGGGUGUGGACUUUCUGGGAUUUCGGGAGAAAGAAUUUGGGUUGAGCUGAAGAAGAUUGUGGUCGGCAACCAUGCUGCUCAGCUGCUGGAGAUGAUGUACAGCUUAGAGCUGGCACAGUACAUUGGUUUACCUCCUAAUGGCAAUGUUGAGGAGAUGAAGCGGGUUUGCCAAAACGCCAUAGGCCACUCUCCUAAGCCUAUGACAAUCCUAGCAGCUCUUUGCUGCUUCCCAGAGGAGGUGGAGAGGAUGGACAUCCGACUGAAGGUGUCCAAAGAGGAGAAGACUUUGGCUCAGUUCCUGGUCAAACACAGGAGAGAACUCUGCAAGGAUGACGACGAGCCAGACAGUCUCAAACCCUUCACUGACUUCAUCAUAGACAGUCGGGAGUUGGACACUCAGAGUAAAUUGUGCGAGCUGCUGAAGUAUCAAGGUGAGCACAAGCUGCUGGCCCAGCUCAGCAGGUCCGUCCCUCGCUUCCCCGUCAGCGGACACGAUCUCAGGAAAAUGGGCCUGGUCUCGGGCAAGGAGAUAGGCGCCACUUUACAAAAGCUACGUGACAUCUGGAAGAAAAGUCAUUAUCAAAUGGACAAGGAAGAGCUCCUCAGUUACGUAAAGUCAUAAUGGGCUGCUGCACUUGUCAGAACCAAGGUGUGUGUAUCGUCUGUGUGUGUGUGUGCGUGCGGGCACGUGUGUGACCAAGAAUAAGAGUUUGGACUCUGUUCAAUCAACCUUGUAAUAGCGCAACUCACGCUUCGUAUUGAUGGAAUUGACUCGAGUAUAAUGUAAGCGAACAUUACCACAGUCAUGCCUGCAAUUACAUUCAAAUUUCAGAAAUUA